AUGGAAGUAAUGAUGCUAAGGGCUAAUGUGAUUGAGGACAGAGAAGCCACUAUGUCCAGGUUCCUUGGAGGGCUCAACCGCGAGAUCCAAGAUAUUGUGGAGAUGCAAAACUGUGUGGGCUUGGAGUCUAUGCUACACAAAGCAGUUCUGGCCGAAACCCAACUCAAGAGGAGAGCGCCAACUCGCAUGGAACUGAUCAGCGCCGGCCUGUCUAUGCCAGAGACUCCAAACCGGCUUUCACACCAAAGUCAGAGCCAAGAGGAGUCCUUACAACCAAGACAAGGACAAGAACAAGUCCAGUACAACCUCUGCCCCAGAGCCCGCGAGCUUAAGUGCUUCAGAUGUCAAGGCUUUGGACACUAUGCCAAUGAAUGCCGCAACAAGAAGAUCAUGUUCAUAAGAGAUAAUGGAGAAGUGGAGUCUGAGGAAGAAGUCUAG